AUGGAGUUAUUUGAUGACGUAGCAGAUGAAGGUGGUCUUGAACCACAUCCAUUAUCAGACGAUGAUUUACCAAGCGAUGAUGAUAAUGACGAUGACGACGACGACGACGACGAUGAGUUUGAUAAAUCAGAUGUUGCUCACGAUUCCAUGAAUAUUAAAAAACCAUUGGCUGGAAUGUUACCAAAUACAUAUGACGGCAAAACAGCAGAAGAACUUUUUCCAGCAUUUAAACCUAAUGCUAUUCUUCAAUUUAAUAAAAUAUUUGGUGUUGGUAAAUCAAAUCAUCUACCAAAACUCUGGACAAAUUUACGUAGGCCAUCAGUAAAAGAAAACAUUAAUCAUGAAAUUCGUGAAGCCACAGUAACUGAAUGUGCCGUUGAUAAUGAAACUCAAUUUCUCGGUCGUCUACCUCCAGUAAUCAAUGAACCAAUAUCAGAUGGGCAAGAUACUUCAAUAGCUGACAUGAAAAUAGCUAAUUGGCGCGUUGGUCCUGCUCGUUUAUGGUAUGAUCAAAUUGGGUUAAGUCUUGAUUUGCCAACAUAUGAUUAUGGUUUUAAAUUAAAACAAACUCAAUCGUUACAAACUCAAAUAUCAAGAGAACAAACGACAAGUAGUGAUAGUGAACUAACAGGAAAUGCAUCGUUACCUGUUAAUUUAAUGCGUUGGGAAGAUGAUAUUGUAUAUGAUACGUCAGUAUUACGUGAUAAACUUGAAUUGAAUUCACCAAAAAUUCGAUAUUGUGGUUGGGUACCAACAACAACUUAUCGUUCAUUAGCUAGUUUUCAAAAAAAUGUUUUUGGAAAAAAUGUUGAUUUUUUGGAAAAUCCAAAUGACGAUGAGUCAAAAUAUAAAUCAUGGUAUUCAAUUUUCCCUAUUGAUAAUUAUGAUUUAAUGUAUGGUGAUUGGGAAAAAGAUAUCAUUAUUGAUCCAGAAAAUAUGGAACGUAUUCGCGAACCACCUGAAUUGAUUCUCGAUGAAAAUGAUGAUCAUUUAAUCUUUGAAAUUCCAACUGAUCCAAAUGAUUGUCAAUCUCGUCAACAACGAAAUAUUCGAGAGUUAAGAGAAAAAACAGAUGGCAAUACUUCGAUUAGUCCAACAAAAGCGGGCAAAGUUCCACAUAAAGAUGCUCGCGGACGUGUAACACGUACUGUUCUUCGAGGUAGUGGCAUAUUAAAAGAAACCAUCGAUAAUGAUGAUGAUGGAAAUGAUCAAACCGAUAGUCCGAAAAAUGAUUUUUGGAAUUUAUCCAACGAUGAAUAUUAUAAUCCAAGAUUAGUUGAUUCAGUUGGAAAAAAUCUUGGUUCACUCAAUCUUCAACAUGCAACACCUGCCGUCGAACUUUGCACUCAAUUAUUCCCGACGCAUUUAAAUGCUACCAAAUUACGUCAUUUUCAUCGACCAACAAUUAAAAAAGUUGUUCAUGGCAAAGUCAAACCUGGUGAAUAUCAUCCUGUUCAAUCAAUACAAAAGAUUGCUGAAACUCGUGCAGCUGAAAGAGAGAAAGAACGACAAGCUUACGGCGGCGGUGAAAUGUUUUAUAUGCGUCGCUUACAAGAUUUAAGUGGUCUAGAUAGUGAUCUAGUUUUAGCUGAAUAUUGUGAGCAAUAUCCACCUUUACUUAAUCAAAUCGGAAUGGCAACAAGAGUGAAAAAUUAUUAUAAAAAGAAACCUGGUAAACAAGACAAUCCGCCCAUGUUAGAAUAUGGUGAAAUUUCAUAUGCUCAUACAUCACCAUUUCAAGCUGAUAUGCUUCCUGGAGAAAUUCUACAAGCUUUUGAAAAUCAUAUGUUUCGUGCGCCAAUAUUUCAUCAUCAAUUACUUCUUACGGAUUUCCUUAUACUUCGUACCAAAUCUAAUUAUCAUAUACGUAAUGUAAAAAAUAUUUUUACAAUUGGUCAAGAAUGUCCAUUACAAGAAGUUCCGGGACCAAAUUCUAAACGUGCAAAUAUAUUUGCACGAGACUUUCUUCAAGCAUAUAUAUUUCGAUUGUUCUGGAAAAGUCGUGAUAAACCACCAAGAAUAAAAAUGGAAGAUGUACGAAAAGCUUUUCCACAAAAUGCAGAAAAUAGUAUUAGAAAACGUUUAAAAAUGAGCUCAGAUUUCAAACGUACUGGAGGUGUCCAUUGUAAUUGGUGGGUUUUACGAAGUGAUUUUCGUUUACCAAGUCAAGAAGAAAUUCGACAAUUGGUUACACCCGAACAAUGUUGUGCUUAUUAUAGUAUGCAAGCUGCUGAACAAAGGCUGAAAGAUGCUGGUUACGGUGAAAAAGUUUUAUUUGCUGCUGUUGACGAUGAAGCUGCUGAUGAAAAUGAUACCAGUAAAAUUGAAGAUGAAGUUAAAUGUGCUCCAUGGCAUACGACAAAAGCAUAUCUUGAUUCACUCAAAGGCAAAUGUUGGCUUCAAUUACGUGGUUUUUCUGACCCAACUGGUUGUGGCGAAGGUUUUUCGUAUGUUCGAGUUUCGAAUAAACCAAAUGCUCGGGAAGCAGAACCGGAAACAAUACAAACGAAAAAAAUGGUUACAGGAACCGAUGCUGAUUUACGUCGUCUUCAUUUGAAAGAGGCAAAGAAGAUUCUGAAUAAAUUUGGUGUCUCCGAUAGUCAUGUUCGAAAUCUUUCACGAUGGCAAAUUAUUGAUAUUGUUCGAACAAUGUCCACAGCACGUGCUCGUGAUGGAGAAGACGGUGCUGCAAUGGCUAAAUUUGCUCGUGGAAAUCGUUACAGUCAAAUGGAAUAUCAAGAAAAAUACAAGGAAGAUUGUCGAAAAAUCUUCGAAGUACAAAAUAAAUCGUUGUCAACUAAUCAUUUAACAUCAACUGAUAAUGAAACGAGUGGCGAAGAAGAUUCUGAUGUUGAUGAAAUGAGAAAAAAUCUUGAAUCAAUGUUAGCGCCAUCGGAUUCAAAAAAAACGCAUGAAACAAAACCUCAUCUUGAUACUUCAGAUACGGUGAAGAAAACGGGUUCACGUGUACUUAAAAUCGUACGUACAUAUGCCGAUGAUGAUGGACGUGAAUAUCAACGAGUUGAAUAUGUACGUAAACCGAUGGUUGUUGAAGCUUAUUCAAAAAUUCGUACAACAAAAGAUAAUGAUUUCAUUCGUCAAUUUUUUACACUUGACGAAGAUCAACGUGAAAAUCUACGGCGUGAACGUCGUCGAUUACAAGAACAAUUACGUCGUGUUCGCCGACAGGAUCGUUUACAACAACGUAAUACAACAUCAGGAAAUAAUACAAAUUUUGAUCCACAUUCUCCAUCAUCGCGUUCUUCAAAUCCAUCGCCAGUGCGCAAUAAUCUAUUUUUACGUGUAAAUAAUAGUGAUAUACCAUCAUUAAAAUUACCAAAUGAUCAUGAUUUAUUUAUGAAAAAUGAUACGAACACACUGGAUGAGAAUCACCAUGAUCUCUUUAUGGACAAUCAUCAUAAUAUACCAUCAACCAGUCAAUUAAUGUCAACGUCAAUAGAUAAUAUAAAUAGUAAUAGUCAUUCGGAAUUUGCCAAUUAUUUCAAUACAGGAUCAUUUGGUCACGAAGGACAAGAAACUCACGAAAUGAUUAGUCCAAUAACAUUACCAACGACGAGUAGUGAUGCAUCAACAACAAGCAAACGACGGAAAAAAUCUGAAAAAGAUCUUAAAUCACUCAAAUGUGGUGCUUGUGGUGCUCAAGGUCAUAUGAGAACAAAUCGAGUUUGUCCAAUGUAUGGCAAAACAGCUAGCGGAAAUUCACAAACAAAUAUUACUGUUGAUAGUGAAGAUGCACAACAUAGUUUUGAUUUACAACAAAUGGAUACAAAUAUGUCAAUGAAUGUAGGAGACGUUUCAGUUAAAAUGGUUGAACCAGGUGGAACGAAAUUAAUAUUUGCUAAAAGUGUACUGGACAAAGUUUCAUCGAAAGAAAAUUCAAGAAAAUCGAAAAAACCGAAAGCACUCAAAGUAUCACUAUCUACUGGUGGAAUUGAAUCCAUGGGUGAUGCCGAUGAGUCUACAACGAAUAGCCAACCGAUGGGAAUGAAUUCUAGUAUGAAUAAUGAACGGCCACUAACUCCACCGCCUAUUGUUCAUGUAUCAAAAAUGUCAUUUAUACCUCCAAUAAAAUCUGAACCAUCAACAGCAUCAGCCAAUUUAACUUACACACCUAAGUCGAGCGGUACUCUCAAAACAACUUUAUCGCAUGCGGGUAGUAGACGUAAGAGUUCAACAACGCCAACAAAUGGUGGACAGCAAAUUAAACAUAGUCAAAGUUGUGUUGGUCCAACAUCGGCUAAUGCAAAUCGCCAGCAACCAACAUCAACGCCAUUGUCAAAUGGUCCAUUAGGCACAAUGUUUUCAUUUCCACCAAAUACACCAACAACACCAACACCAUCGUCGUCCGGUGCAGACUAUUUGGAUAAACGUGCAAGGACUGUACAACGAAGACGGAUUGAUCCACUUGUUAGCUUUGCUAGUUUACUCGAAAGCAUUCUUAAUGAACUUCGAGAUAUGCCGGAGGCAACCAUGUUUUUAUCGCCAGUUAACUCACGAUCAUAUCCUGCUUAUUAUGAAAUAAUAAAAAAUCCGAUGGAUUUACAAAAAAUUCGUCAACGAGUUCUUGCUCAUACCUAUGAAAAUCGUGAAGGAUUUCUAAAUGAUAUACGGCAAUUAGUUGACAAUAGUCGUCAAUUUAAUGGCGAAUACGAUCAAAUAACUCGUGAUGCUCAAACAAUAUUUGCUGCUUGUUUUCAAAAAUUUGCUGCUAAUGAAGACAAAUUAAUGAAAUUAGAAAAAGCAAUAAAUCCAUUAUUAGAUGAUGAUCUUCUUGUUGCUAUAUCAUAUUUAUUUGAACGUAUAUUAAGUGAACAUUUAAUGAAUGUUGAAAAUUCUUGGCCAUUUCAUCAUGCUGUUAAUAAAGUUCGUUUUAAAGAUUAUUAUGAUAUUGUUAAAACGCCAAUGGAUUUAGAAAAAAUAAAAAAUAAUAUUCUCAAACAUACAUAUCGUUCACGUGCAGCAAUGCUAGCCGAUGUUAAUUUACUUUAUACAAAUAGUGUUCAAUACAAUGGUGAAUCCCAUUCCAUAACAGCAACAGGAUCAAAAAUAGUUCAAACAUGUAAAGAACAAUUUGACGAACACACUGAACAGUUCACUGCACUUGAACACAAUCUUGAACGACAAGCAUUAGGUUUAAUGCAAAAUAUAGACCAACAAAUGAAUGAUGAUGAUGAAUGGCAACAGAUAAUUACAACUGAAUCUACGAAUCCAUUUUCGUUUAAUCCAUUAGUAGAAGAACAAGACGAUAACAAUGAAUUGAAAAGUCCAACAUCACCUGGUAUGUCACUUGAAACGUUCAUUUCACGUGAUUUAGCAGCCAUAGAACAGCAAAUGCAAGCUAUGGCAGCAGCCGGACAAAACGAAGAUGAUAACGAUGAACAAUAUGAAAAAAUUACAACAGAAGAUAUUUUAGGUAAUAUCAGUGAAUCAGAUUCAUCCGAUGACGACAAUGACACUCGACAAUCAUCAUCUAUGUUUUCAACUGCAAUUCACCAAGAUAUAUCAAAUGAAGCAAGUUCAGCAACAAAUGAACUAUCAUCAUCGAAAAAUCGUCAUCAUAAACAUUCAAAAAAACGAUUGAAAACAUCUCAUACAUCAACAACAUCAACUGCUGAUGCAGCUGCACUGCAAUUAUCGGAAGAUGAACUCUAA